AUGCCUGAACAAACUCAAAUUCCGCGUGUUCUUUGGGCACAACAACGUGAACAUGUUUUAUUAACUAUUACUGUACCUGAUCUUGAAAAAGUCGAUGUUAAAUUCGAACAAAAUUCAGUCUCAUUUCAAGGUCAUUCAUCAUCAAGUAAUGGUAAAGAUAAAAAUGCUUAUGCUGUUAAAAUUGAUUUAUUUGGAGAAAUCGAUCCUGAAACUAGUAAAUAUGAAAAUGUUGGACAAAAAUUUUGGCGUUUAUUAUUAAAGAAAAAAGAUCAAAAAGCUGAUUUUUGGCCACGUUUAACAAAAGAGAAACAACGUUUACAUUGGUUACAAACUGAUUUCGAUCAUUGGAAAGAUGAUGAUGAAAGUGAUGAUGAAAAAGCUGGACCAGGUGGUGGCAACUUUCAAGAUAUGUUUUCUGGAGGCAUGGGUGGCAUGGGUGGUAUGGAAGGUAUGAUGGGUGGUAUGGGUGGUAUGCCAGGUAUGGGAGGCAUGGGUGGUAUGAUGGGUGGUAUGCCAGGUAUGGGAGGUAUGCCCGGUAUGGAUAUGAUGGGUGACGGUUCUGAUGAGGAAGAAGGUGGUGAUUCAGAUGAUGAAGAAGGAUCACCAAUGGCAAAUCAAGCCGGUGCAAAAGCUCAGAAUAAGCAAGAAUCAAACAAAUCAAAUAAUGAAACUGCUUCAACGGCAGCAAAAGGCGAACAAGAAUCAGCUGCCAAAGAACAAUCGGCAUAG